AUGGCGGAGCUCAAGGAAGAGGACGCUGGGCAACUUCACCAGGAGGACGCCAAUAUUAAAGACACUGUGACUGACAGUAAUACGAUUGUGACAGAAUCUGAGGAAACUGAGCAAAUUUCCACUCGUGAAGCCUCGACUAAUUCAGUGAAAACAGAGGACAAAAAUGUAAACACAACAUCCACUGCUGUGUCAGAGAGACAUGUGUCUAUCCAGACCACACUGGAAGGCCUUGAGAUGCUUGUGGAUUUAAAUGGAGCUGGGAGAAAGUCUUGUCCAUUGUGUCCAGAAGAGAAGUUUAAGGCCUGUUAUAGUCAUAAGCUUAGACGGCACCUGCAGAACUUGCACUGGAAAGUUUACGUGGAAUUUGAAGGCCAAAGAAUGUGUAUCUGUCAUCUGCCUUGCAGGCAACUCAAGUCAAGCCUAGGCUCUGACCAGACUCCAGGCAGACUGGUGGCUCACUACCACUGUGUGGUUUGCUCAGUCACUAUCGCUCGCAAGACAGACAUGAUCAGUCACCUCAAACGCCACAUUAACAAGGGUGAGACAGAGGCCAGCUAUUCAGGAAACUUGGAUGUCCCUUUUGAAGAACCUGUGCCAUGUGGACAGGCCUAUGAGAUUAUGAAAGAACUGGGCACCAAUGUCCAGCUCCUGCCCAACCACACAACACCCCAGAAGACAGACACCUACUUCAGCCGCAAGAUGAAGACAAACAGGCAGUUGGUGUUCUGCUCUCUAGCAGUUCUUGCUGAAGAGAGGAAUCCACUUGAAUGUCUCGAUGCCUUCGGAGCCACUGGUAUCAUGGGUUUGCAGUGGGCAAAGCAUCUGCGUAACUCUGUAAAAGUUACAAUAAAUGACAUAAACGAAGCUUGCGUUAAGAUGAUUAAGGAGAACUGCCAUCUAAACCACAUCCGUGUAGAGGGGAAUCGCCCAGGCCGGCAGUUAGACGGAGCAGGAGAUCCAGAGUCACCCAUUGCCUCCGUGGAGGUGGUAAAAAUGGAUGCAAAUGUCAUCAUGCACCUGAGACCCUUUGACUACAUACAUCUGGAUCCAUUUGGGACGGCUAUAAACUAUCUGGACGCUGCUUUUCGCAAUGUUCGGAACUUGGGGAUAGUCUCUGUGACAUCAACAGACACUGGUUCGCUUUACUCCAAAUCCCUGAAUGUGACGCUUCGACAUUACGGUUGUCAGAUCGUCAGAACUGAGUAUUACAGAGAACUGGCAGCACGCAUGGUAUUGGCGUCAGUGGCCAGGGCAGCUGCCAGAUGCAACAAAGGGAUUGAGGUGCUGUUAGCUGUGGCUCUUGAGCACUUUGUCCUCGUGGUGGUGCGAGUUCUCAGAGGGCCCACCCAGGCAGAUGAGUCUGCUAAAAAACUGCGGCAGCUGUUGCACUGCCAAUGGUGUGAAGAAAGGGUGUUUCUCAAGACAGGAAGCAUGGUGGAAGAAAACCUGUACAGACAGCUGCCCUGCCAAUGCCAUGGGAGUAUGCCAGGAAAAACGGCAGUAGAGCUUGGACCACUUUGGGGUGGUCCACUGUUUAACACUGGGUUUCUGAGGCGGAUGUUGGUUGCGGCUGUGCAGCACAAUAUGGAAGACAUCCAGCCGCUGGUUAAGACUUUGAUCUGUGAGGCUGACUGCACCACUCUCAAGCCUUUCCCCGUCCCGGGACACUCUGCCCUCUCCAAUCAAGUGGAGUGUGGUGUGGUCAUAAAAACUUUACAGAAAGUUGAAGAGGCGGAUACAUCUGACCAGUCAGGGAAAAGAAAGACCACAGGAGACGACGGUGGGAAUGUGCUGAAAAAAGUCAAACCAGACACGUCUUUGGAGCAUCCAGCGUUCUACUACAGCAUCCAUCGGCACAGCAUUCGCGGCAUGAACAUGCCCAAGUUGAAUAAGUUCCUGCAGUAUCUGACAGAGGCCGGGUUCAGAGUGAGCCGUACACACUUCGAUCCAACAGGCGUGCGAACUGACGCCACCCUGGCACAGUUUAAAGAAGUGCUAACAAAAUACAGCGUUCCCACUUACUCGUCCACUCCUCAGAGCAGUGCUAUUAGCUCAGACCGACGACAAACUCUCUGAUUUCAGAUGCGGAUGUAACCAAACCUGAAUUUCUAUUCUGUCUAUAAGAUCUUGGAAAGCAAAGAGGUCACUUACUCUUUCUUUGGUUAUUUUUAGUUGCUAAUUUAUCCAUGUUUAUUUCAGAAUAUUGAAUGAUAGCUUGAGAAUUUCUGAAAAAAGAAAGCAGAUUCAUUUGAAUGAAAAUUGUUGUUUUAUUUUAUGUUUAUUGUGGAUUGCACUGGAUCCAUUAUGGCUUCUAUAGUGUUUAAUUCACCAUCUUUGCUCACAAUGAUACAGUAUUAUUGGCUUUUAUUUCUUGGAGUUUGAAUCUUUAAUCUUUACAAAUUAUUUAUGAAGACUCAUUCAGAGGUGUACAUUGAUCUGAUUUUUUUAAAUUCCACUUUGUUUUUGCUUCAUUAUUUUAACACUUGCGCUGUAUAAUAUCAAUAAAGCAUCUUUCCUCA